GGACAGAAGUGUACCGGAGUCGGUCCACUGAGGAUGUACCCUGUAGCUGGUGGGACAGAAGUGUACCGGAGUCGGUUAGGUUCACCUUACCAAACCCGGGAAAGACGCCUAAAUAAGGUGCAAGUUUACGUAGCCCUUAACAACCCCAACAACAACAACAACAAUGGCAGUUGUUUCAGUUGGCAAAAUGAGUCGCUUUUCUUUACACUUCUCUGUAAUUCUUUGACUGUGGUGUUCUGUGUCUUCGUCGUCGUCAUGUCAGCUGCAAUGACCCACAAAAGAAGUGACAGUUUCAUUGACGACCUUGACAUAAAUCCCAGAAUAAUAGCGAGUGCUAAGAGAGCUGGUUACGUGUCGGUUUUAAAUAUUCUCCGAGCGUCACACAGCGAGCUGCAGCGCAAACUUGGACUAGCAACGGUGGACGUUGAACAGCUGACUUCUGCAGUAGCUGCCUAUGCUGUUCCUAAACAGCUAACAGCUUGGGAAAUGUGUAACUCAAACAAUGGAAUGUUGCCCCACAUCACCACUGGCUGCUGUCAACUUGAUGACUUCCUGGGUGGUGGAGUGCCUGUUCGGGGGAUCACGGAAGUAGCAGGCGAGAGUGGGAGUGGGAAGACCCAGUUUGCACUGCAACUGGCACUGCAUGUCCAGCUCCCUCCCUGCAGUGGAGGACUUGGUAAAGGUGUGGCAUACAUUUGCACUGAGUCACAAUUCCCAGCAGCUCGUCUUCAACAACUGGUGAAAUACAUACAAACAAGUCAUCCUGAGGGACCCAAAUCUUACACCAAUAACAUUUUCAUUCAUCAUGUUCCAGAUAUGGAAAGUCUGGUAGAUUGUGUGCGAUACCAGCUUCCUCAUCUCGUUCCUUCUCGCCAAGUGGGACUGGUGGUGAUAGAUUCUGUUGCCGCUGCCUUCCGAGCCGAAGACGGAACAGAGGUAAACAAAACUCUGCCUCUCCAAACCCUGGGCUACAGAUUACACCAACUUGCAUCUUCACAUAAUGUUGCUGUUCUAGCAAUUAAUCAGGUAACAGCUGUCAUGGGAAAGCAGAGUGUUUAUGGUCUUACUGGAAGUGUAACUCCUGCACUGGGCUUGGCCUGGGCCAACUUAGUAACAACGCGGCUCUUGUUUACUCGGACUAACUAUUUUGUUAAAGCCAUUAAAGCAUUGCCUGUUAUUGGCAGCAAAAAUAAAAACCCAAGCUGGAACUUGAGCAGUGCUGAAAUGUGUAAAGAAUUUGACCUUGAUAGUGCCAAAAGAGCUAUUGAAUACAAUGUUAGAAUACUGGAAGUGAUAUUCUGUCCGUGGUUAGAGAAAAAAUCGUGUUCGUUUGUUGUUACUGAGAGAGGACUUGAGAAUGCAACUGUGAGUCCUGAGGAUUUAUGCUCAUCUUCAGUCUAGGACAUAACAUACUAAAACCUUAAUAUUAUUUUUUUACUCUCUGGGUAUGUAGUUAGUCACUAUUUUUUCAAAAAACUGCUCUGUACUUUAAUGAAAAUAAUUGCUUUUCAUAUUACCCUUCGAAAGGGAUUUAUCUGCUCGGGUAAGGAGGACCUAAUAAGAACCCUGCCAGUAUAUUCAUAGACUAAGAAUACAUUGUUUUAAUAUGCUUGCACUGAGGUCUUGACCACCCAACAAAAUAAAAACUGGAGUUAGUAAUGUAGGUAGAAUUACCGACAAUGUUAGGUAAAAGGACACGUGCAAUGGCGGGUCCGGGUUCGAUUCCCAGCAUUGGGUGUGUUUCUCUAUACCAGUUGUCUAUGUUCCCCAUCAGCUAAAUGGGUACCUGGGUGUUAGUUGACUGGUGUGGGGCACAUCCUGGGACAAAACUGACCUAAUUUGCCCGACAUGCUCUGCAUAACAAACAGCAUUCUAUAUAGUAGUAUGCUAUUGAUGUCAGCUAGGCCUGUAUACUGUGUACAUGUAGUACUUGUAGUAAAUAAAGCUAUUACUGUAUUAUUAUUAUUAUUAUUACAUGUAUUAUUAUUAUUAUUGUGACAACGUUUUACUUGACAAAGCUCUUUUAGAGCAAAACGUUGCCACAAUAAAAUGUUACAAUAGUUGCACUUAUGUCAUUUUACUAAAAGUAACUGGAGUCUUAUUUCCAUUGUGGUCCUUCAGUCUUUUCCCCCAGGAUGCCACCCACGCCAGUUGACUAACACCUAGGUACCUACAUACUGCUAGGCGAACAAGGACAGCAGGUGUAUGGAAACGCCCACCGUUUCCACACAUACUGGGGAUUGAACCCUGGACACAGUGUGAGGUGAGAGCAUUGCCAACCAAGCCAUGGGGCACCUGUUGUGUAUAGUAAUGUUGUAUAAUGUUAUAACAUAUCUUCACUGCAUCAGCAUUUCUUCUUAUUAU